AUGCACCCUUUCCCGGUCGGCUUAUACGCACCCUUUCCAGGACGUGGUGCUGCCAUGCCGCUGCUGGACGUGGCGCUGCCUCUGCUGGACGUGGCGCUGCCUCUGCUGGUGAAGCGAAGCCGAGUGCAACCCCCUGCACCAGCAGCAGCCGGCACUAGCGCGCGAGCGGGAGGCGGAGAGGCGUCUCUGCGGGUGCUGUCGCCCAUCGACUACGUGCCAGCAGCGUGUGCGUCGUGGCGGCUGUCCCUGCUGAACGACCAGUCAGGGCUGUCCGAUGCCGUGCUGCGCUCCAUUCGCACGCCCACCCUGCUGGUGGCAUCAUCCAAGGACAGGGUGCUGCCAGCAGUGGCAGAGACAGGCCGACUGCUCAACCUGUUGCCACACAGCAAACGAGUCAUUCUUCCCACCAGGUGCCCCUUUCUCGCCUCUUCCUUCUCUGCCCCUUCCGCUUCUCCACCUGCUGCCAUCGCGUCAUGCGCCAGCGCUCGCCUACCCGGUCACACAGUGCUGCUGGAGGCUGACGUGGACAUUGCUGCCAUCCUCGCCACUCACGGCUUCGCUCCCACCAAUCACACUCCGCCACGCAAGCAUGGCAAGCGUUCAGUCGUUGCAGACGAGGGGAGCGAGGCAACUAUGAAGGGAGAGGCCGGGGAGGCUGUCAUUGGGCGAGAGGGAGAGGAAGCAGCGACAAGGGGGCCUUAUGAGGCUGAGUCUCCCCGGGCGUUGCGAGGAGGAGGGAGGGCUGAAGCUCCCCUGGGGGAGCAGGGGGGCUUGCAGCCAGUUGGGGAAGGAGAUGGUGGGGGGGAUGGGCGGGAGAGGGGUGAAGGAGAUGGUGGGGGGGAGAGAGGGCGAGGGGAAACGAGGAGGAGGAGGAGGAGAAGAAAGAGCGGGAGGCAGCUGAAGGGGAGGGAGCUGGAGCGGCUGUAUGAGGAGGUUGGGCGAAGCAUGGACACGUGGCGGGUAGGUGGAUGGGAGGGGGGGAUGGAAAGGGGUAGGUGUGGAGGGGGAUAG